CGGAGCUCAGCUGCCCUGCCACGCGGGGCCCGCGGGACGAGGGGACGCCGGGGCCUGGGAGGACGCGGCGGGGCUGGGCUUGGCGGCUGGAAUCCCCCAGUGCCAGGCCAUGGCGUCCGCUGGGCGAACCGACGGUGCUGGGGACUCGCGCGCUGGGUCCAGUGGUUCUUAACAGUUCAACAGUUCUGUAGCGCAAUUGUGAAAUGUUUAGGACCACUAGACCCGGCGGGCACGGCGACAGCGACGGAACGUCCCACGCGCAGCCUGGAGUCAGAGUCACAGCCAGGGGCGCGCCGGCGACCCAUCCAGAGGAGCCCAGGGACCCGCUCCGCGCUCCAGGUCGGCCGUCCCAUGCGCCGCGCCCCGCAGCCCCCAGGGCCUGGCUGACUCCACCUGCUGCCAGGGAAGACCCUCGGCCUGAGAGCCUGUGCUGCUGGGAGGUGGCCGGGCGUGGCCGGGCUGUGCUCUGGGAACCGCUGGGUGGGGGCGCGCUGGGUCGCCCACGCUCCUGGCGCGCUGCCGGCCUGGAGACGCCGCCGCCGCCGCCCUCCUGCGCCCCGAGGGCCCCCACCUCGAAACUCCAUGGAAUUCUCAGGGAGGAACUGGCGGUGGGCCCGUAGGGUUGAGGAGCGCUCCUUGCCCUGGGCUUCCUGGGAGCUGCCGACCAGGCUGCCAGCAGCCACACCCUGCUGGCCGACCGAUGGUUCCCGCUGCCCGCUCCCCAGAGCUUCUCCACUCACUGAGGCCUUAGGGAGAGCUGCGCGGCUCCUAGGAGUGCGCGCUAAACUCAUGAAGGAUCUCGCGCGAGGCACAGAAACUUGGGGUGGGGAGGAAGUUUGGAGACCACACCCAGGUAGAGGAGAAGCGGCGCCCACGAUGACAGGUGCCUUCGCCAGAGCCUCCUUGGAACCUCGUGGUAGCGCCCACCGGAGAGGUCUGGGCGCUAGCCUGCGUGUGAAGCCCCAGGUGGUCCUGGGAGGGACUCAGCAAAGGGUUGAAUCCGUCCCCACCUCCAGCCAGGGGCCAGGGUCUUCUGUCUGGUGCUGCCUGGCCUGUUGCAUCUUCUGGGAUGGAGGGUCCCCCGCCAGUCCCCACCUCCUCACCCAGUGUUUAGAGAGCUGUGGGGAGUCCUGGGAGAUGGAUCAGACAGGCCUGGGUUUGAGGCCUGCUAGGGUGGCCUUGGGCCAGUCACCUGCCCUCUCUGAGCCCGACCUGCACACGUGGGGGGUUGAUGUGAGGAGACAGGAGGUGACUGUGGAGGGGCUGCUCCAGAAGAGGGCCAGCUGCAGGACAGCAGGGUCCACUGGCCACCCAGGUCGGGGGAGUGGAGUUCCCGGGAAAGUAUCCACCACUGGCCAGCACCUCCUCUGUUGCCCAGCAAAUGCCACUGUGGUCACUUCUCAGGCUCUGGCUUCAGAGCCUGGGGCCUUGGGAGCGUCCAGUGUCCUCCCCAGCUGCUGCCUCCUGACCACCACGGCCCCUUGCAGCCAUUUCAUUUUACAAGCAUGUUCCCCCACGCCUUCCGCAUGGGCCCUCAACCCUCAGCAGCCUCAUGAGAGAGGCUGAGGCUCAGGUGGGGGAUCGCGGCUGCGUCCCUGUUCUGCAGCUUGGAAGCAUUCUGUCUGGUGUCUGUCUGUAUGAUUUAGGCCGAUAACAAUAAACAUGUU